UUACGGUAAAGCUGUGAGUGGCCCUUUACCCUAAUAACAAGUGAUGCAAUAAAUUCAUCAGCAGUCGAUCACUGACUAAACUUCCUUAAUUGGAGAAGAAAUAUUACAAGAUCAUGAACUAUUAAACACAUGGGACAGUAAAAGUAUAUGUAUACUUUACAUAAGAGGACACCUUCAAGCAAACUGCUCCUAUCUUUAAGAAGAAGUCUCCACAAGCUACUUGCUGAUAGCAUCACAGCAGCAUCCGUGCACACUGCAAUAGUUAAUAACCUAGCAAAUAUGUUCAAGAAACCAAAGCUCAUUGCAUUUGAUCUUGACUACACAUUAUGGCCUUUUUGGGUGGAUACGCAUGUGGAUCCACCUUUCCGCAAGCUAAAGGAUGGCCAGGUAGUGGAUGCCAGGUCUAAGAGAGUCCACUAUUACAAGGAGGUACCAAAUGUGUUAGAGAAACUCCACAAUGAAGGUUAUAUUCUGGCAGCUGCAUCACGUACUGGAGAAGUCGAUGGCGCAAAUCAACUCCUGAAACUUUUUGACUGGGAUAAGUACUUUACUUACAAAGAAAUCUAUCCAGGAUCCAAAGUCACGCACUUUCAGCGAAUCAAGGCCAAAUGUGGACUUGACUUCAGUGAGAUGCUCUUUUUUGAUGAUGAAUACAGGAACAAGAGAGAUCUCGAUACCAUUGGUGUUUUAAUGAUAUUAGUUGAGAAUGGUGUUACUCAAGAAGUGAUUAGAAAAGGAUUGGAGGAAUUUUCAGCAAGGAAUGAAAGAAAACAACUCCAAAAAUAAGAUUAUAUGUUGUAUAAAUUAUUGUCCAAUAUUUAUUUACAUUAUUUAUAUUUUUAUUACACAUGCAUUUUAGCAAUAGAUGUUAAAUUUAUAUGGAUGGCAAGAAACUGGUUUGAUUCUUUGAAAACUUUUAUUAAGGAAAUGUUUAUUUUUUAACAGUUACUGCAAAUGGCAAGUUUUUAAGUCUUACCUUAUGUUGACUGUGCUUAAACAUGUUCAAAAAUGUUUAUAAAGUUCUCAGUAUUAAUGAGAGAUAUGAAAUGUUACAAUUGUACAGUACUAGUUUUGGAGGCUUUCUCAGCUAGCCUAUAGCAUAUAAAAUGUUAGCACCACCAUACAGAAGAAGCAUCAGCCUUUUUGUGUGUUUGUUUCUGUAGCUCUUAAAAGGCAAUACUACAUCAAUGCAGGUAGAAAGCAUCAUUAAUAAUUCUUAGUGUUUAAUGCAACAAAAAAAUGUUUUCAUGCUAAAAUUGGUUAAAAUAACGAUUUAUGUAUCUAUCUUAGGGUUAUUCUAUUCUCAGUGUCAGUGUAAGAUAUUCUUUAGUUCCUUUUAGUUUAAUUAUGGAGUAUUCAUUUUACCUCGAUUUUAUUUACUCCAUACUGUAUUAUAAUUUAUAAGGUGCUUGACAACAAAGAACUUUGAACAGCAUGGGUGAACUUGAUAAAUUAGACACAUGUACAACUCUUGAGUAUCUUUAUUGAGGAAACGUUUUGCCACACAGUGGCUUCAUCAGUCCAUACAAAGGAGAAUCAUGAAGAACAGGAGAAGAAUGAGGUAAUCAGUCCCUCAAACUUGAGUCGAUGUUGUCAGUCCAUCAAUCUUGAAUAGAAUACAUCAUAUGUGCAGAGAAGUAGCUUAUAUACUGUAGGCAGGAGAGGUGCAGCAGAUGUAGGUGGUGUCACAUUUGUUCAAUGUGGAAGUAGGUCAUGCCCAAGAGCUAGGCAAGUGAAGAAUUCCCAAGUAUUAAGAUCCCAAGAAGUUGCAGUGUCUGACAGGAUUGUAGAUGAAUAGUUCAGAGAACGUUUCCUCAAUAAAGAUACCCAAGAGUUGCACAUAUGUCUAAUUUAUCAACGUAUCGGUUCUCUGAACUAUUCAUCUACAAUGGGUGAACUUGUUAUAAGAAGAGAACCUGAGGCAACUUUGUGUUAGAUCCACUCACUUUAUUCUUAUAAUAAUGGUACAAAUACUGAGAGAAUGGAUAGUUUCAUGCUUCUAUUUUCAAUGCAGUUGAAAUCAUGAAUUUCUGUCAUGUGAAAGGCAUUCUUAUUCUGCACUGCCACAUGAUACUUCAACAUUCUCCACUUUAUACUGUACUCCUUUUAACUUUUCUGAUGUAUUAAAAUAUAAUCCAUCAAUAUAUUCACAAUUUCAUGGCCAAAAUGCAUGUAGUGUUUGCCUGUGCAAAUACUGUUUGUUGCCUCAACAAUUUAUGGAUUGACAUAUUGGCUGUAUCCCACCAAGGCAGUGACCAAAUGAAGAAAAAUCAUUCACAUCACUGAUUUCUUGGCUCUCUUUCAUGAAAGACACAGACAUCAUUACCUAGAGAUUACCCAUUGAACCACAACAUUUUACAUCAUUUUUGAAAGUACAAUCACUGCACUUUCUCCUGGAAAAAUUCAAGUCUCACUAAUUAGUUUCCCUGAACCUUUACAUAAAUGCUACCCUGUUCACACUCCAAGAGCACAUCACAUCCACUUGCCUCUACUCAGUCUGAUGUAGCAUUCUUAUACAUGCAUGUGAAAUUCUCUCAAAGCCAUGAUAUAACCCCUUUAAACCCUUUCUUGAACAUUCCCUACACCAAUUUCUAUCUACCCCAGUAUUAUACAUCUUAAACUACCCUUUUUGUUACAUCAUCUGCUCUUUGAAUUAUUCAUACUGCCUCACCAUCAUCUAAUUUCUUGGGUCCUUUCCAAUAUAUUCACACUACACAUUGCUCCUAGACAGGACUUUUCCACUGCUCCAACCUCUUUUUAUUUGCUACAACAAUUAAAGGCAUGUUUCAUACCCAUGAAAAGACAUAACCACCACUAUACUCAAAUGCAUUUUUUCAUCUGUUGGCAAACUUUCUACCCACAUAUUCCUUAACAUUCUUGCUACUUUCUUUUUUUCAUAUGUACGGUAAUUUCCUAUAUCCUUUAUAGACCCCAUCAACUGAUACAUUCACUGAGAAGAAUCGUAUCUGUGCUUCUAAUCUGACCUCUAGUCUUUUAUUCCUAUCCUAUAUUUUUUUUUUUCCAUUCUUUUUAAACUUCCUUCAUUUAUGCACCCUUCCAAACCCUUUACUGGUCUUUGCAUUAUAUGUGAGGCAUAUCUUAUCUGGUAGACUGUUGACUGUGUUUUCCCCUUGUCUUACCUAUACUGAAGUAUGGUUAAGGAAAGCAUUACAUGAAAUACAUUCCUCACACCUGAAUCCUAGUACUACUGUUAGUGAUGUAAACUAUUCAAGGUGUUAAAGAAAAAAGAAAAAGGUGUUACUGCAACAUAUUCCUCAUGAUGAUAAAAAUAGCAAGAGAAAUAAUGCUUCCUGUAUGCUAGGAAUAUAGAUGUGUGUUGCAGAUCUAAUAUGCCAAGGUGCGAUGGUAGCAAUGGCAAUCUCUCCAGUAACAUAGUAUCUCACAUGUUGUUAAAUCUUUAUUUCUUAUUUUAUUAUAAGUAUUUAUAUUAUUUUUUAUUCAUUUCCUUAUUUUUGUAAUUUAUGAUUUAAUAAUAUGAAAUAGACACAAAACUGUAAAAGAACAAGCAAUUACAGUAUAUUUAGAUAAAUAAAUAGCUCUGAAAACUG